UGAAUUGUCGCGCGCGUACGCGCACCAGCCGAUGCUUUCGUUUAGACACUCAGCAAAACGAGUACUAUACGAAUACGCUCGCAUGAGUGCCGUAACGUGCUUAUCAUGUGUGUAUUUUACACACGCAGCGCAGUUGCGCGUAUUUGCACUCAUAUAAUAAGACAUCCAUAACCUAUUCGUGUAAUAAUAAUAAUAACUACAUGGUAUCAACGCUUUAUCGCUCUCUUAUAAAAUGGAAGCUUAUCAAGAUAUCAUCAUGCCUGCGCUCGACACGGCUGACUAAUCUAUCAAGUAACGAUAGCAUGUUUAUCUAUCUUAUUAUUUAACCAUAAAGGAAACUAUAAUUCUAGAAAGCCGAGCAUCAUUUGUCACUUUAUAUGUUCUAUGGAUUUCCAAGCGAUCUAAAAGCACCGGUGAUUGGGCUCUUCGAUAAGAGAAUGCGGACGCAUUAUUGAAAUGACUUUCUUAAUUACGUUGGAAUUUCGAGAUCACAUUUGAUCGUUAACCUCCACGGGAAAACAACCAUCAUCACACAUGCUGCCUGGACAGAAAAAUGAAACUGACUUGUUAAUUGUUGAAAGAUGGCACAAGACUUGAAUACACUCUGCCACAGGAAAUCCAUGCGUUGUAUGAAAGUUCCGCUGAAGUCAACUGAGCAGAUAUACUUGAUUUUUCUUGUGCCAGCGGUGAUCAGCUGUUUGAUAUACAUAGUACACUUCUCUUCCGACCUGGUGGUAGCUAUUGAACACUUCAAGGAUAACAAUCCAAUAUGGGGAUCCUGCACCCUUACAAUUAUAUAUGCCCCAGCACUCUCAUAUUUUAUGCUGACAGUUUCAAGACCAGAUUGGUGGAUGACAGAUGAUGACAAAGUGUCCAAAGGCAUUCUCGGCUGGUUCGGCCUCCAAGUGUGUCACCUCAUAGGAUUUGUGUUUUUUGCGUUGUACAGAUACGCAGGACUGAUUGUACUCUCCAUAGAUGCCAUAAAGUUAACUGGAGAUGCAAGACUCAAGACAUUAAACUUAGCUGCAGCACCUGCAGCCAUUGAACUGUACUUCUUCCUGCAAGCAUGGUUCCAAGCCGCUCCACAAGCUGUCUUCCAGACCUACUUGCUUUUCAGCCAGAACCCCAUGCACCGCAGCUACCAGUCUGUGACAGUACAGGUGCUCUGCAUCCUCAUGUCUGUCGUAAUAAUGGCUAUGCAGACAACCUCUUUCCAAAGAUUUGAAAGCCAACGUUUAAAUGGCAGGAAACUACCAUGGGCAAUGUGGCUGAAAAAAUACUGCGUCGAGGAACUGGAGAACAUCGAGGAAAGGGCACCGUUACAGACCACGUUACCCGUGAAAGACCAGGAAAGCAAAACGAACGCAUCGUCCGAAUCUGUACAACCGGAAGACAACGAAGCGAAGCCGGAAACAGCCGUAGUCUUGCCACAACAGCAGCAGCCGCCGUCGCCGCAAAAUGAAUCACGUGGUCCCCUAAACCGUCAAAUUUCCGUGACGCCGCCGUUACCGCCGAAGAACGCACACGUCACUCCGCCGCCGACGCCGCUUCGCGGCAUCACGACAGUCGCGCCGCUGCCAAUACCAGACCUGCCCGCACCUCCACGACCCGACUCAGUCUACACGGAAUCACAACAAGAGGCGAACACCGAGGGCAAUCAGCAGCAACCCAUAACGGAUAAUCCACAAAGUCUGAAAGUGCCCACACGCAAGUACUCCGAAAAGGGUCUCGAGGAAGACGACCCGGUGGGCAAAUGUCUAUCGUUCCUUUGGUGGUUCUUCUUCAUCCUAGCGCGCGUGUUGGCCAUCGUCGUAGCCUACGAGUUCUAUUCGGCGUACGUGAUAGCGACCUUGACGGUACACUACGUCGUCAUGUUGAUCUACCUCUUCUACUACGCCAAGUACUACGACGUGAUCACGUUCUUCGUGAAUCUCUGGCUCGGUCUGGUCUAUAUAUUCAGUCUGAUCGAGUACAGAGUCAAGUUUAAGUACGCCGACAAGUGGACGAUGCCGUAUUACGUGUUCGUGAUCAUACAGAAUAUAACGCUGACGUUGACGUGGUUUAUCCACGCCAACUGGGAUGGUUUCUGGUAUACUUACGUGGUCUAUACGAUUUGCGUCUGCACGGUGCUCUGCAUCUUGUCAUCCGCGGUUUACCACUCGUUGUACAAGCCAAAGAAAUGUAGAGUGUAUAGCAGCUGACGAUCGCUAGAGGCCUUGCCAUUCGGAUAAGUCCACUAACGAUUCGGGAACUUCCGCUUUUUACUUACUUGACUUUUCAUAAAAAGUCUAGACUGCUUUGUGUUCAAUAUAUUUUGAGAGAAAUGUUUGUCAGUAUUCUGCGCGCAGCAUACACAUAAUCGUACGUGAAACGUAUAUUUAUGCGUGUAUGUGUAUAUAUAUAUAUAUAUAUAUAUAUAUAUAUAUAUAUAUAUAU